AUGGCUGAGGUUGACUCGGCCACUUUGACAGAGCCAGACGUUCCGGCCAAGGGCUACGUCCAGAGCUUCCCAGCCCCCGGACUUCGCCAGAUAUUCCGGCACAUUACUGGACAUGAUGGCAAAGGCGACUCCGUCUUUUUGCGAUCGGACCAGGGCGACCACCACCGCAUCAUGGGCGACCAGCAGGCUGUGGCCAAUAUAUUAUAUUCCACUCAAGAGACACCCGCCGAGCUCAAUGGCGAUGUUGAUAUUGAGAAGGCUAGCUCGCAAGAGCCUCCCCUACACUAUCAUGGCGGCUCCAUUGUCCGUAUGAUCGAUUUCGCCCCUAACGUCGAGUCACCACUCCAUCGCGCAGUUUCCAUUGACUAUGGGAUCGUAGUCGAGGGAGUCUUCGAACUCAUACUCGAUUCCGGAGAGAAACGCGUGAUGCGGCAGGGAGACGUGAGCGUUCAGCGUGCUACAGCGCAUAAGUGGAAAAAUAUCUCAGGGAAUGGCACGAUGCCUGGUCGUAUUAUGUGGGUCCUGCUCGAUUGCAAAGAUGUUUACGUCAAUGGCAACAAGAUGGAGGGCUUUCUCGGAGAUCUAGCUAAAGAGUAUGUUGAUCAGGGGGUUUCAAAGUAG